AUGGCAGAGCUCAGUUUCAACGUGGAUCACGGCUAUCUGGAAGGUCUGGUUCGUGGGAUGAAGGCCGGGAUCCUGACUCACACGGACUAUCAGAAUCUUGCCCAGUGUGACACGCUUGAGGACAUUAAGCUGCACCUGCAGAGCACAGACUACGGUAAGAUGCUGUCCUCGCCUGAAGAGGACCUGACGGUGUCUCUGGUGGACAGCAAGCUGAGGGAGAACCUGGUGACAGAGUUCAGCUGUCUUCGUUCCAACGCCCUGCCUCCACUGUCGACCUUCCUCGACUAUAUAACCUACAGCUACAUGAUCGACAAUGUGGUGAUGCUGAUCACUGGUGCCCUAAAACAGAGAGAUGUAGCGGAGCUCCUGCCACGUUGCCACCCACUGGGAGCUUUUGACCAAAUGGCAGCAGUGGGCAUCGCUCGUACUCCGACUGAGCUUUACUCUGCAAUCCUGGUGGACACUCCACUAGCCCCGUUUUUUCAGGAUGCCGUAUCUGAGUCCAACCUGGACGAAAUGGAAGCCGAGAUCCUCAGGAACAAACUGUUCAAGGCAUAUUUGGAGUUUUUUCACGCUUUCUGCAAGAACAUUGGUGGUGCCACAAAAGACAUAAUGUGUCCCGUCCUGGAGUUUGAGGCAGACAGACGGGCCUUCAUCAUCACAGUGAAUUCCUUUGGGACAGAUCUCAGUGGUGCGGACAGGAGCGAGUUGUAUCCAUCUUGUGGUAAACUUUACCCCGAAGGACUGCAGCAGCUGGCCAGAGCAGAGGACCACGAGCAGGUCAAAGCUGUGGCCGACUGUUAUCCAGCAUAUAAAAUAAUUUUUGAUGACCCUGAGCCGGGAUCAGCUUUUAAGACCCUGGAAGACAGAUUCUUUGAGCAAGAGGUGAAGCUGAACACACUUGCUUUCCUGCAGCAGUUCCACUUUGGAGUGUUUUACUCCUACAUCAAACUGAAGGAGCAGGAGAGUCGCAACAUCGUCUGGAUCGCUGAGUGUGUCACGCAGAGACAGAAGUCCAAGAUAGAUAAUUACAUACCCAUCUUCCAGUGAACAAAUUAACCAAGCAUUAAAGAGAAAUGCAUACGUAUAUUAAACAUCCUGUUGUAAGACAGCACACAACAAUGUAAUAAAUACACUUUAUCAAAAACACAUUUGUUGAUCUCUUUAUGACCAAGGUUUGGUUGUGAGGAUUAGUUA